GAUUAUUCAUUCACUUGCAAUUCUCUAUUAUUACCAAUCUAUAGAAAAAAUUUAACAAAUCGAUGGCUGCUGUGAAGCUUCUUGGAUUCUGGGCUAGUCCUUUUGUGAACCGGGUUCAGAUAGCUCUGAAUCUGAAAUCCAUAAGCUAUGAAUACAUUGAACAGAAUCUACGUUCCAAGAGCCAACUCCUUUUGGAAUCCAAUCCUGUUCACAAGAAAGUCCCUGUACUUAUUCAUGGUGACAAAAACAUCUCCGAGUCUGUUGUGAUUGUUCAGUACAUUGAUGAGGCGUGGAAUGAUGGCCCUUCCAUUCUUCCUUCUCAUCCUUAUGAUCGCGCCAAUGCUCGAUUUUGGGCUGCCUAUGUUACUGAUAAGUGGUUUCCGCUAGUAUCAGAGUACAGAACAACAGAAGGAGCCGAGGCAAAGGCAGCAGUGAGGGAGAAAAUUCUUGAAGGACUGGUAAUUUUGGAGGAGGCUUUUGUGAAAUUCAGCGAAGGGAGAGGUUACUUUGGCGGGGACAAUAUUGGUUACAUUGACAUUGUACUUGGAAGUCUUCUGGGGUGGCUGAGGGUAAGAGAAGUGACACAGGGUGUUACAUUCCUGGACAAGACCAUAGCGCCAGAGCUUGCUGCCUGGGCUGAUAGGUUCACUUUGCACCCUGCUGUCGCUGAUGUAUUGCCAACUACGGAGAAACUGAUUGAGCUCAUCAACGGUUUCACCAAAUCUAAGUGAUUAAGCUUAUGCGACAACAGGAUUUGUACCCUUCAGAUUUUGGAGAGGUUUAUGUAGCACCAGUUUUAUGUGUCUUUUUAAGGUUGUAUCUUUCAAAUUUGACAGAUUUUAUCAAGUUGAUGCAAAUUUUGUUGUUUAAUUAUGAAUAAAGUAGCAAGUAUUUAAGCUGAAA